GUCAGAGAUGCACUUUUCUGCGCUGCCCGGAGAGGGAUCCAUACGGCGUUGUUUUGUGUUCCCGUCGUAACUUAAAGGGAAACUUUCAACAAUGUCCGGAGCCCUUGAUGUCCUGCAAAUGAAGGAGGAGGAUUUCCUCAAAUUCCUUGCAGCAGGAACCCACUUAGGUGGCACCAACCUUGACUUCCAAAUGGAACAGUACAUCUACAAAAGGAAAAGCGAUGGCAUCUACAUCAUAAAUAUGCAGAGGACCUGGGAGAAGCUGCUGCUGGCGGCGCGUGCCAUUGUUGCCAUUGAAAACCCGGCCGAUGUCAGCGUCAUAUCGUCCCGGAAUACGGGCCAGCAAGCUGUGCUGAAGUUCGCUGCCGCCACCGGGGCCACUCCGAUCGCUGGCCGCUUCACUCCCGGGACCUUCACCAACCAGAUCCAGGCGGCCUUCCGGGAGCUGAGGCUUCUCGUGGUCACUGAUCCCAGGGCUGACCACCAGCCGCUCACGGAGGCGUCUUACGUUAACCUGCCCACGAUCGCUCUGUGCAACACAGACUCUCCCCUGCGCUACGUGGACAUCGCCAUCCCUUGCAACAACAAGGGUGCUCACUCGGUGGGUCUGAUGUGGUGGAUGCUGGCCUGGGAAGUCUUGCGCAUGCGCGGCACCAUCUCCCGGGAGCACCCGUGGGAGGUCAUGCCAGACCUCUACUUCUACAGGGAACCCGAAGAGAUUGCAAAGGAGGAGCAGGCUGCUGCCGAAAAGGCUGUGACCAAGGAGGAAUUUCAGGGUGAAUGGACGGCCCCAGCGCCUGAGUUCACAGCUACUCAGCCCGAAGUCACUGACUGGUCUGAAGGCGUGCAGGUGCCCUCCGUGCCCAUCCUGCAGUUCCCCACCGAGGACUGGAGCACCCAGACCGCCACGGAGGACUGGUCUGCAGUGCCCACGGCUCAGGCCACUGAGUGGGUGGGAACAACCACCAAGUGGUCCUGAGCUGCUCUUCUUCAGAGAGAUGAAACGGAAACAAGGUUGACGGAAAAUAAAGUUUCUACAAGUUG